AUGCGUAAGUGUGAUUCAAUAAUACACUUGUACUCAUCGCGUUCUUUCAUCCUUCAUCCUUCAUCCUUCAUCCUUCAUCCUUCAUCCUUCAUCCUUCAUCCUUCAUCCUUCAUCCUUCAUCCUUCAUCCUUCAUCCUUCAUCCUUCAUCCUUCAUCCUUCAUCCUUCAUCCUUCAUCCUUCAUCCUUCAUCCUUCAUCCUUCAUCCUUCAUCCUUCAUCCUUCAUCCUUCAUCCUUCAUCCUUCAUCCUUCAUCCUUCAUCCUUCAUCCUUCAUCCUUCAUCCUUCAUCCUUCAUCCUUCAUCCUUCAUCCUUCAUCCUUCAUCCUUCAUCCUUCAUCCUUCAUCCUUCAUCCUUCAUCCUUCAUCCUUCAUCCUUCAUCCUUCAUCCUUCAUCCUUCAUCCUUCAUCCUUCAUCCUUCAUCCUUCAUCCUUCAUCCUUCAUCCUUCAUCCUUCAUCCUUCAUCCUUCAUUCUUCAUCCUUCAUCCUUCAUCCUUCAUCCUUCAUCCUUCAUCCUUCAUCCUUCAUCCUUCAUCCUUCAUCCUUCAUCCUUCAUCCUUCAUCCUUCAUCCUUCAUCCUUCAUCCUUCAUCCUUCAUCCUUCAUCCUUCAUCCUUCAUCCUUCAUCCUUCAUCCUUCAUCCUUCAUCCUUCAUCCUUCAUCCUUCAUCCUUCAUCCUUCAUCCUUCAUCCUUCAUCCUUCAUCCUUCAUCCUUCAUCCUUCAUCCUUCAUCCUUCAUCCUUCAUCCUUCAUCCUUCAUCCUUCAUCCUUCAUCCUUCAUCCUUCAUCCUUCAUCCUUCAUCCUUCAUCCUUCAUCCUUCAUCCUUCAUCCUUCAUCCUUCAUCCUUCAUCCUUCAUCCUUCAUCUUUCAUCCUUCAUCCUUCAUCCUUCAUCCUUCAUCCUUCAUCCUUCAUCCUUCAUCCUUCAUCCUUCAUCCUUCAUCCUUCAUCAUUCAUCCUUCAUCACCCUAAACACUAA